AAAUAAUUAAAUUUCAAGAAGAACUAAUAGCCGAAGCGCCCUCCGAGAUAAGGUCAGAUUUUUUCGUAAGAUUCUAUUUGGCCGACAACAAAGGGAUACAAUUACAAUUAGACUUGAAAGAUUAUCAGGCUGUUGCAGAUCUCGCGCGGGAGAGAUUUAAUGUUACCUUAGUAUAUCAGACUCUACGCAAAGAUAAAUUGUCCUCACGUCAUACAACGCUACCAAAAUCCACCAUUGAUACUGAGUAUUCAUGUACAGUGGGUGAUCAAAAGUAUUCGUCAUAUGAUGAUGAUCU